UCCAUUUUGAAUUUUGAAAUAUCAUUCAGUCAGUCGGGAAUUUCUGUAUUUCUGUGUUAUUUCAAAGGUUUUAAGUCAUUAGUAAACUGCAACUAUGGGAUUAGCGACAAUUAUUGAAAAUGAAGCCCACUUCCAAUCGGAAAUGGCAAGCGCCGGAGCGAAGCUUGUUGUUGUGGAUUUUACAGCCACUUGGUGUCCUCCGUGCCAGCGCAUAGCUCCGUUCUUUGAGCAGUUGCCCGCGAAGUUCCCUCGGGCGGUGUUCCUGAAGGUUGAUGUGGACCGCUGCGCGGAGACGGCUAGCGCCCAGGGCAUCAGCGCUAUGCCCACUUUCAUAUUCUACAGGAAUCGGACCAGAAUCGACCGGCUUCAGGGAGCCGACACGGCAUCACUAGAGAGCAAAGUCCGACAGUACUACGGCAGUGACGAGUCUGGGGAUGAUGAAAACUUGGUAGCAGGUCAUAUGGACCUUGGCACAUUUAUUGUAAAGAAUGAAUGUGAAUGUUUGAACGAGGCAGAUGACCACCCGCUGGCCCACGCAUUGACGGCCGCCGGCGGAUAUCUACAGAGUGACUGCGAUGAGCAACUCAUCAUCAAUAUUACCUUCAACCAGGUGGUAAAACUACAUUCCCUGAAGAUCAAGGGUCCGGCUGACAAAGGACCCAAACAUGUGAAACUGUUCAUCAACCAGCCAAGGACCAUAGACUUUGACCAAGCAAGUUCCUAUGUAUCUGUGCAAGACUUAGACGUGCUCCCUACCGAAUUAGAAGGGAACCCAAUCCCACUGAAAUUCGUAAAGUUCCAAGCAGUGCAGAACAUUCAGUUGUUCAUCAAAGACAACCAGUCGAAUGGAGAAGUCACACAGAUCGACCACCUCGCGUUCUUCGGCUCACCCAUUUCCACCACCAACAUGGGCGAGUUCAAGCGAGUAGCCGGGAAGAAGGGGGAAAGCCACUAAAUUGUAGAAAUGUGGGGGUCACUAUAUGACGAAAAACUUUCAGAGCGAUGCUGCUUGAGCCACUACUGUAACUCUAUCUCGUAUUAAUCAUGCGGAUUGAACGGCAGCUCUCGUUCGUUCGUUCUUUGUCAGUAUAGAUUAACCCUCCAGUCCCGAUGGUCGCCGAUGGUGCUCAGUUUUAAAGGAUCUUUGUGGAGCACAUCUAAAAAGAGAAGUUUAAGAGUUGCGAAUGGCAUUGGCGUUUUAAAUUAUUGUGCCAAUGCCUAAAAGUUUUACUAUCUUAACAUUUUGCUGAUCUAUUAGAUGUGCGACUACCAUUAUACUAUACUAUUGUCCUAUUUAUACUAUUGUAGAUUAUACUCUUGAAUAAGACUAGCGAAAAGCGAUUCCUAUACCUGAGCCUAUUGGCACUGUCGUCAAUGUAAACUAUAAUUUAUUCUAUUGUGCAUUUGUAUUGAUUUUAUUCCAAAAUGUAAUUUCACUAUCUGUGUCAAAAUGUCGUAUUUGUAAUAUAUUUUGUAUAAUGUUUAUCGAAUGAUAACUUCUGAACACUAUUUUUGUUUUAAGCGUAAGAGCGGUCGGGGAAACGACCAAUUAAAUACAUGAGGGAUUUGUACAAUAUUCAAUAAAUUAAUACGCAAAUGUAAGCGGGA